UCAAACUAAAAAACUGAUACUUUUCUUAAAUUUUUAUAAAAAAAAAAUACAAUUUAGAGUACAGUUUUUAAAUAAUUAUUAUGGUAGAAGUAUAAUAUAUAAAGUCUAAAAUGCAGCCUUCCAUCUGGUCAAGAUUUGUCCAUUGGGGACCAAUAUUAUCGAUCCUGAUUUUCAAAUUUGUGACAUUGACUACGCUGUAUUUUACUGAAAUGUGGUGGCCCAUUUUUGGUUCACUGGGUGGAAUUCUUAAUACUGCCCUGUUGCUCUCCUUAUUUGUUAUUAGUUUUUCCUGUUAUUUGAAGUCUGUGUUUGUUGGACCUGGAUUUUUGCCUUAUAAAUGGACACCUAAUUGUGAAGAAGACCAGCAGUAUUUGCAAUUUUGUAAAAUUUGUAAUGGCUUUAAAGCUCCUCGCGUACAUCACUGCCAUAAAUGUAAUCGCUGUGUUUUAAAAAUGGAUCACCACUGCCCGUGGUUAAAUACUUGUGUAGGCCAUGCUAAUUAUCCUUCUUUUAUUUUGUUUAUAUUUUUCUCAAUAGUAGCAACUAUUCAAUCAGCCACAUUGUUAUUAAAAACCCUUAUGGUGGCAUGGAGUUAUUUUGGAAAUCGAGUACUUGUAUAUUUUCCUGUAAAACUUGUACUCCUGUGGCUUACAGCAUUUGGUCUAGACUUGUGUCUCAUUUUGACUCUUAGCUUGUUGUUAUUUAUUCAAAUUAAAUACAUAAUGAGAAAUUGUACUAACAUAGAAGACUGGAUUGUUGGCAAAGCGAUUUCAAGACGCGAACAAGAUUCUAGUAUACCUCCUUUUGUCUACCCUUAUAAUUUAGGCAAAAUUAACAAUAUUAAAAAUUUUUUUGCCAAAGGAGAUGGCAUUAAUUGGCCUCUACGUGAAGGUUGUGGUAAAUAUGACUUAACUAUAGAACAGUUGGAGCAAAAGUUAAUAAAACAGUCAUGGAAACAACCAAUGCAAGUUAUUAGAGAAUAUAAUGGUCGUUGGUUUCCUCUGAGAUUUGGCUUAUGCACAUGUUUUCAAAUACCAUGGACCGAUGAAAAGCGUAUGCCUCUAAAAUUAAAUGAUAUAAUUCAAGUAACACGUUUUCGAAAAUACUGGAUGUAUGGCCAUAAGACUUCAUCAAAAGAACCACAACAACGAGGUUGGUUCCCAAGAAAAUGUGUUAUUCCAUUACCUUCAAAAAAAGACAAUUAAUUAUUUAUGGUUGUUUUUUUGUAAGUCAUUGAUCAUUUUUUUACAAAAAUAAGUUGUUUGUUAACACAAUUUAUAUGUUUUUUAUGAUAUUAUUAGUUGAUAAAUUUACAUACAUUUGUUUUAAAGGAUUAUUUCUUAUUUUAUGUAAUAAAUAAAUACUCCCCCGAGUAUAAA